CGUUCGCGUUCGUAGCGGACAGCCUGUUCUUUUCGAGGGAGUACGCCAUCGUAGGUGCACGUAUAUUUCGGAUCAGGCUGUCGACAAUUGGACAACAUCCAAGAUGGUGAACUUUACGGUAGACGAGAUCCGUGCCAUGAUGGACAAGAAAAAGAACAUCAGAAACAUGUCCGUCAUCGCGCACGUAGAUCAUGGAAAAUCGACACUGACCGACUCCCUUGUUUCCAAGGCUGGCAUUAUCGCCGGCGCAAAAGCUGGCGAGACCCGUUUUACUGAUACGCGCAAAGAUGAGCAGGAGCGUUGUAUCACCAUCAAAUCUACUGCAAUUUCCAUGUUCUUUGAACUUGAAGAGAAAGAUUUAGUCUUUAUCACAAAUCCCGAUCAACGUGACAAGGAGGAGAAGGGCUUUUUAAUUAAUCUUAUCGAUUCACCUGGACAUGUAGAUUUUUCAAGCGAGGUCACAGCUGCCCUCCGUGUUACCGAUGGAGCUCUCGUUGUCGUUGAUUGUGUAUCCGGUGUGUGCGUACAAACUGAAACUGUACUGCGUCAGGCGAUCGCUGAGCGUAUCAAGCCUGUUUUAUUCAUGAACAAAAUGGAUCGCGCACUGUUGGAACUUCAGCUCGAUAGUGAGGAUCUUUAUCAGACUUUCCAGCGUAUUGUUGAAAACGUUAACGUCAUUAUUGCGACAUAUUCUGACGAUGACGGUCCCAUGGGUGAAGUUAGAGUAGACCCCAGCAAGGGCUCCGUAGGUUUUGGUUCCGGUCUCCACGGCUGGGCUUUCACCUUAAAACAGUUCUCCGAAAUGUAUGCCGAGAAGUUUAAGAUCGACGUGGUCAAGCUUAUGAACAGACUGUGGGGCGAGUCUUUCUUUAACCCUAAAACCAAGAAAUGGAGCAAACAAAAGGAGACAGAUAACAAACGAUCUUUCUGCAUGUACGUCUUAGAUCCAAUUUAUAAGGUAUUUGAUAGUAUUAUGAAUUAUAAGAAGGAGGAAGCAGACAAUCUUCUGCAAAAAUUGGGCAUUGUACUGAAGCCCGAAGAUAAAGACAAGGAUGGAAAAGCCUUGUUAAAGGUUGUUAUGAGAACAUGGUUACCCGCCGGAGAGGCUUUACUUCAAAUGAUUGCCAUUCACUUGCCGUCUCCUGUAACCGCUCAAAAAUACCGGAUGGAAAUGCUGUACGAGGGACCUCUCGACGAUGAAGCUGCCAUUGGAAUCAAGAAUUGCGACCCGAAUGGACCUCUCAUGAUGUACGUUUCCAAAAUGGUACCCACAUCAGACAAAGGACGAUUUUAUGCUUUCGGCCGAGUAUUUUCGGGCAAGGUGUGCACCGGCAUGAAAGCUCGCAUAAUGGGGCCCAAUUUCCAACCGGGCAAAAAAGAAGAUUUAUAUGAGAAGGCAAUCCAACGUACUAUUCUCAUGAUGGGUCGUUAUGUUGAAGCAAUCGAAGAUGUACCAUCUGGCAAUAUUUGCGGUCUUGUCGGUGUCGAUCAAUUUUUGGUGAAGACCGGUACGAUCACGACAUUUAAAGAUGCGCAUAACAUGAAAGUUAUGAAAUUCUCUGUGUCGCCCGUCGUGCGUGUCGCGGUCGAACCGAAAAAUCCUGCCGAUUUGCCGAAAUUGGUUGAAGGACUCAAACGUUUGGCGAAAUCCGAUCCUAUGGUGCAGUGCAUCAUUGAAGAAUCCGGCGAGCACAUUAUCGCCGGUGCUGGAGAAUUACAUCUUGAAAUUUGCUUAAAGGAUCUGGAAGAGGAUCACGCGUGCAUCCCGAUCAAGAAAUCUGAUCCUGUUGUGUCAUACAGAGAAACAAUCUCUGAACAGUCGAAUCAGAUGUGUCUGUCGAAAUCUCCGAACAAACACAAUCGUCUGUUCAUGAUGGCUUGCCCGAUGCCCGAUGGACUCGCUGAAGAUAUUGACAGUGGCGAAGUUAAUCCACGAGAUGACUUCAAGGUGCGCGCGCGUUACUUGAACGAGAAAUACGAUUACGACGUGACGGAAGCUAGGAAAAUCUGGUGCUUCGGACCCGACGGCAGCGGACCCAAUAUACUGGUUGACUGCACCAAAGGAGUACAGUACCUUAACGAAAUCAAGGACUCCGUGGUAGCUGGAUUCCAAUGGGCCACGAAAGAGGGUGUUCUUUCGGAGGAGAAUUUGAGAGGUGUACGUUUCAACAUUCACGACGUGACGUUACACGCCGACGCAAUCCACAGAGGUGGUGGUCAAAUUAUCCCUACUACAAGACGUUGCCUUUAUGCCUGUCUUCUCACUGCCUCACCCCGUUUAAUGGAACCCGUUUACUUGUGUGAAAUUCAGUGCCCGGAGGUAGCAGUCGGUGGAAUUUACGGCGUGUUGAACCGUAGGAGAGGUCACGUAUUCGAGGAACAACAGGUGGCGGGUACUCCCAUGUUCGUAGUUAAGGCUUACCUUCCCGUAAACGAAUCUUUCGGCUUUACCGCUGAUUUGCGUUCCAACACCGGCGGUCAGGCUUUCCCACAGUGCGUGUUCGAUCACUGGCAGAUCCUGCCGGGUGAUCCGAUGGAGACCAGCUCUCGACCUUACCAAGUCGUGCAGGAUACGCGUAAGAGGAAGGGAUUGAAGGAGGGUCUCCCAGAUUUGAAUGCAUACCUUGAUAAAUUGUAACCUCAAAUUCGCACUUCAUAUUUAAAUACUUAUUUCAAUAUCAUAAUUCGAUUAAUAUCGCUGGAGAUGUUGUACACAAUUACAACAGCGGUUUACUAUGACCGUUGUUUCGCGCCUUUCCAGCGAUAUUAGCUAAAUUAAAAUAUUUAAAUAGCUAUCUAUUCGACCGGUUCCCAAAACAAUUAUUAAUAUUAAAAAGGAAAAAUCAUCACAACAAUGUACUCACAUUACAAAAAAAUAUCAAGAAAUUAAAGGUUACAGUUAAAUAGUA